UACGUGUGUUUGUUUUUUUCAAAUAAUAUAUUUACUUAUAAAAUGUAGAAAAAAGUAUAGAAUUUUCUAUUUCGCAGUUAAAAUGAAUUGUAUGUGUGUGCAAUGAAUUUUACGAUCUUAAUAUCAUAUCAAUUUCAAAUUUCGAGCGUAUAUACAUACAUACAUAUUCCAAGUAUGUAUUGUAUAUAUGUGUGAAGUUCUCAUGCUGCACUUUCUCCACUUUUGAACCAAGUGUCAUUUGCCUCACCACGAUUCUCACAAAGCAUCUGUUCCGUUUUGUUAUUGUUGACAUGAUUAACUCGAAAGAGUUUGUCUUAGAAAAACAAUACGUUUAUUAAAAGAAAUUUCGAAAAAUGGCUGGUACCAUACGACAACUAGAAGAACGUCAACUUCCAACAGAAGUGACAACAAUGCUGUGGUCACCAAAAAUGGAUCUUUUAGCAGUCAGUAAUAUAAAAGGUGAGGUCAAUCUUCAUAGACUCACGUGGCAAAAAGUGUGGUUGUUAAGUCCACAAGAUGAAUCCGAUACCAUUGCCGAUCUGGCAUGGAGACCUGAUGGAAAACUUCUCGCAGUAUGUUACGAGAUAUCUAGAUUUCUCUGUCUCGUUGAUGUCGAAACCAAAAAUAUUAUUCACAAAACUAAAUUGCCAACAAACGACUCAAUUAGCUGUGUUAAGUGGUUGUCACUGUCUAACGCCGAUCACGAAAGUUUAAAUGACAAGAUUAACAAACCUACAGGUGAUUAUCUGCCGUCCCUGCCCAGUUUAAUCAGAAGUUAUAAUGCAGAACCUGAACGCAAAGAAUUUUUAUCUCACACACUGGAUAUGUUAUUCAUUGGUCAAAAGAAUGGUACGAUAUUGAUGUACAUUUUUGGUAUGUUUUACUGCGGCGUCAUAAAUGUGGGCCACGGAGCAAUUUUACAGAUUACGGGUGGAGCUGGUGAUCCAAUUUGGAUCACAUGGAAGGACGACAGCUAUAUCAUGACAACUAGACUAUCUUGUCCACUGCUCGAAAAAAAUACAGCAUUUUUCAAGGUUGCGCAAAUUCAGGCCAAUGUGGAAUGUUUAAAAGAUUAUCUCUCGCGCACUUUAAUGGCUACUUCCGAAGCUUGGGAGACGAUACUUUUGGAAAUGGAUGAAAAACUUACGCGAUACGCAGAAAUGAAUCCACCCGGCAGUAUGUCCGCGGAUUUCUUGGAGCUAUUGAUGAUCGGAAUACCGACGAAAAAUUUAGAGAAUUUUCUACUUCGAGAUCUUACAGAGAAGGGAUUGAAAAAAUUUGGACACAGUAUUGAAAUGUGUUACAGUAACAUACAGAAAUUAGUUUCUAAAAAUUUAACUAGCGUGGGUAUGGCCUUGGUCGAUCAAUUGGCUGAAUUGAGAGGACUGGUGAGAGUCGGUGGCACGUAUGAAGCAUUAGGAUUGCGCGAUGAAAUGCUAGUAACCAACGCCAUUAACGAGUCUGAAGCUUUCCUCGCUAAGUCUUACGAGAUCGAGCAAGUUAUAGAUCAGAGUAUGCGCAAUUACAAGGCAUUUUUCCGAUGGUUGUACGUAGCUAUCCUACAGUUGACGGAUGAAAGAGUACCGUCGGAGGUGAGCCGCGUGAGUCAGCAAGAGUUGACAUUUAUUGCCGAGUUUUUGAAUGGUUUCGACAAAACCGCGCCAAGAACGGACUGCAGGGUAGCUGUAAAUCUCGAGAAAUUAGGACAAUAUCUGCGUCGAGAAAAUCUGCAGACUCAACUGACUUCGGAAGGAAGCGAAUGGGCUGCUAUGCUCGACGCAAAUGAAUGUCUGCGCGAUUACGAGCACAUAGUAAAGCAGAAUUUUCAAUUAUCUCUGUUGCAAUCUCACGCGAAAUUAGUCGCUACCGUGGACAAUGUUUUCGCUAAAGCUUAUCAAGGUUUGAUCAAUCACUUUGUGAUGAUUUCGAUAUCUUUGCCAUCGUUCGCAUCUCUCACGUCGACACAAAUUGUUACGAACGACGGAAAUCUCUUGUUGGCCAUGUGCAACGCCAAUAGCAAUGUUUUAAAACUCUUCAAUAUUCAGUGUUUAUCUACAGAACCCACAUCUCUCAGUUCAAAGAUGAUUACAAUAGAUGCAAAUCACAAACAAGGAGAAUAUCAAAAAGAAACCACUGACGUCAUAAUAGUAGAUCUGCAGUUUUACUCACAAGAUUAUCUUAGCUUACUUAUAUUGAACAGACAAACUCAUGCGUCGUCUCUUGUACAAGUACCGUUGCAUGACGUGCUUACCUUCGAUUAUCAAGAAGAUACGGUGAAUUUAGUUAAUAUCCUCGGUGCAUCAUGGCCGAAAUCAUUUCAAGGAAUAUCCGCGAGACGUCUAGCGGUUAGCGGCGCUCGAAAAGUAGCUGCUAUUUUGAGCGAAAACAAUAGAAAGAUUCGAUUACUUGAAACCGAAGCGGAACCAGAGGACGAGGAAGAGGAAGAAGAAGAGGAGCAAGGACGACUCUCGGAAAGUAUGGAUACCACACCUAGUUCACAUUUUUCGGCAGGAUCCGAGACAGCAGGAUCUAAUGUACAAGAAUAUUAUUACCGAGAAAACAGUUGAAAUGAAAAUAGAACAGACAUUUAAUAUGCAGGAAAAUCAAUGUCAAGAGCAGCAUUAUCGACUCCAGCAUUCUCGACGUCUGCUGAAACGCCGGGUGCGUUAUUUGGCGUGUAUCGUGCUGGUGAAUUUUCUCUCGACUCUUCUAGAUC